ACACACGCCAUUUAAGGGUCCAAGAUCCCGGCAUAGACAUUUGACCUCAGGAAUCGAGAGAGAGAGAGAUGGGCCAAGAAUCUCAAGACUACCAGAACGUAGACGAUGUCCAGAAUAACCGGGUAGACGACGAGGAUCCAAACCAGAAGCGGAAGAGAGGAGAGGAGAAUGAGGAGGAGGAAGAAGAAGAGAUAGUGUCAGUGGAGAAGCUGUUCGCGAAGCAACAAGUGCCGUCAUGGACGAGGCAGCUGACGUUCAGGGCGUUCAUAAUAAGUGGUUUGCUGAGUGUGCUGUUCAGCGUCAUAGUGAUGAAGCUCAACCUGACGACCGGAAUCAUCCCAUCUCUGAACGUGUCCGCCGGGCUUUUGGGUUUCUUCUUCGUCAGCACCUGGACCAAGAUCCUCACCAAAUCAGGCUUCUUGGCGCAGCCCUUCACAAGGCAAGAGAACACCGUCAUCCAGACCUGCAUCGUUGCUUCCUCCGGCAUCGCCUUCAGCGGCGGUUUCGGCAGCUAUCUCUUUGGCAUGAGUGAUCGCAUCGCCGCCCAUUCUUCCGACACCGCUGAUACCAAGAAUCCUGGCUUACUCUGGAUUAUUGGCUUUCUCUUUGUUGUCAGCUUUCUCGGUCUCUUCUCUGUCGUCCCUCUGCGGAAGAUUAUGAUCAUAGACUUCAAAUUGACAUAUCCAAGUGGUACCGCAACUGCUUAUCUCAUCAACAGCUUCCACACUCCUCAAGGAGCCAAGUUAGCCAAGAAACAAGUCAAGGAGUUGGGCAAAUUCUUCUCUUUCAGUUUCUUGUGGGGUUUCUUUCAGUGGUUCUAUACUGCCGGAGAUAAUUGCGGAUUUGUAUACUUCCCUUCACUCGGUCUUAAAGCGUUUCAGAAUUCAUUUUACUUCGACUUCUCACCGACAUAUGUUGGAGUCGGGAUGAUUUGCCCCCACAUAGUAAACAUAUCGGUGCUUCUUGGCGGCAUUGUUUCAUAUGGUUUGAUGUGGCCUCUCAUAUGGAAUAAGAGGGGUGAUUGGUAUGAUGCAGAUCUCAGCCCAAAAAGCAUGAAUGGACUUCAAGCUUACAAGGUCUUCAUUGCCAUUUCUUUGAUCCUUGGUGACGGACUAUACAAUUUCGUCAAGGUGCUAGGUCGAACUUUAUGUGCCUUGUAUGUUCAACUCCGACAAAAAGAUAACGAGGGCAUUCUUCCAGUGGCAGAGCAAGCCUCUCCUUCAAACUCGGAGCAGCUCUCUUUUGAUGACCAGCGCCGAACCCAACUCUUUCUGAAAGACCAAAUUCCAACAUGGUUUUCUGCUGCAGGUUAUGUUGGAAUUGCCGCAAUCUCCAUUGCCACUGUACCACACAUAUUUCCCCAACUUAAAUGGUAUUAUGUAUUGGUCAUCUACCUCAUUGCACCCACCUUGGCUUUCUGUAAUGCAUAUGGGUGUGGGCUCACUGAUUGGUCCCUGGCAUCCACAUAUGGGAAGGUCGCCAUUUUCACCAUUGGUGCAUGGGCGGGUAACUCGCAUGGUGGUGUUAUUGCAGGAUUAGCAGCAUGUGGAGUCAUGAUGAACAUUGUUUCAACAGCUUCUGAUCUAACCCAAGAUUUCAAGACCGGCUACUUAACAUUGGCUUCUCCUCGAUCAAUGUUUGUGAGCCAAAUUAUUGGGACAGCAAUGGGUUGUGUGAUUUCUCCAAGUGUGUUUUGGCUCUUCUUUAAGGCCUUCCCUGACCUGGGAGAAAUUGGAAGUGCAUAUCCUGCUCCAAAUGCUGUUGUGUACCGCAACAUGGCUAUUUUGGCUGUAGAAGGUACUGACUCUCUGCCAAAGUAUUGCGUCUUACUUUGUGGCGUGUUUUUUGCUGCGGCCUUUCUUAUAAACGUGAUAAAGGAUUGCAUUGGUAAGCAGAGGGCACGUUUUGUUCCACUGCCUAUGGCAAUGGCAAUCCCCUUCUAUAUAGGGACAUAUUUUGCCAUUGAUAUGUUCAUUGGGAGCGCAAUCAAAUUUGUGUGGGAGAAGAUAAACAAGGCCAAGGCAGAUGCUUUUGUACCCGCAGUCGCUUCUGGUAUGAUUUGUGGGGAUGGGAUUUGGACUUUGCCUGCUUCAAUACUCGCUCUUGCAGGGGUCAAGCCACCAAUUUGCAUGAAGUUCUUGUCAAGCAAAGACAAUGCUAGGGUUGAUAAAUUUUUGGGAUUAUCCUAAGGGGUGUGUGAAUGUAUGAUCAUUAGGUGUGAAACAAGUCCAUCCUUCAGUUCAAAUAUUAGCUGUUACACUUAAAUUCUUA